AUGGGAAUGAAAAAUGAAGAACAGGCAUGGCUGAAGAACAAGGACAAUGCCAUGGAGAAGCGUACCUUCAUGGGGGACAUGGUGUGCUUUCUGUUCAUCACCCCCCUGGCCAGUGUCAGCGGCUGGCUGUGCCUGCAGGGCGCCAUCAACAACAUCAACCACAACAGCCCCACCGAGGCUGGGGGCCUCAUCGCCCUCAUGGUGGCUCUCUUCAUCAUCUACUUCUUCUGGUCCAUCGUGUCCAUCCGCUACCAUGUGACCAUGUGGCUGAAGUGGCGCAAGAAGAGCCCAGAGAUCCAGCUGAUCGACCUCGCUGUCCGCUGCACCAAGACCCCGACCCACAGCCCUGCACAGGUCCACGUCAACAAGAAGAAUCCUGAAACUGGCUUCUAA